AUGAAUGAAACAUCAAAACAGCGUCAAUGGAUUAACAGUAACACAACAAAUAUACAAGGGUGGAGUGUAGAAGUAAUUGCAGUUCAUACAGGUUCAGAAAAAAGAGUUACUGGUAUUUUUGAAGGUCAUGAAGAACAAAUACUUCAUUUAAAAUUUGACAUUGGAUUAUUACUAAGACUAAUUUUAUGUUUAUCUAGAUCACUUAAUUAUGACGGAGAUAAAAGAAUAAGUAUUAUUAUUAAAUGUCUCAAUAAAAUAAUUAGAGAAAAAAAUGAAAUUGAUAGCGUUGCAUUGCAAGUAUUUAAUUCAGUAAAAUUAGAAAUAAAACAAAAUAUUAAAAAGUCUCAACUUCAAAAUACUGAAACAACUUUACAAUUAUUAAACUCUCUUGAAGAAUUAAUAACCUCAAUGCAUAUAAAAGAAAUACCAAAACAUAUUGAUGGUUUUUGGGUUGAAGUUGAUCACAUUCCAGUUAAUGCACGAAUAGAUAUUGUAAUUGGACUAUUUAAAAAAAUUGGAAUGAUAAUGAAUGAUGUCAAAAUAAUUAAUGGAAAAUGUAGAAUUCAAUAUAAAAGUCUUAAUGAUGCAUUAAACGCAUGUAAAUUAGAUAACAGACCAAUUAAAAAUACAACAUCUAUUUUAUCUGUACGUCUUUUACAAUAA